UUUUUUACUUGGAUUGGACAUUGUAUAAUUAUUUUGUUGCCAAAUAAGUUUGUUAAUAAACGUAAAUCCCAUUUUUAUGGUUCGUAGUAAUGUACAUACUAAGGAAAAAACGUACCAGGCAAUAAUCUGCAAUAAUCAUACAUACGUUAAACUGACACUAUUUUGACUUGAGGACCAUACUUUCAAGUGUCAAACAAUUUGAAAUUUUGUAAACGUUAUAAACGGCUAAUGUGAAAAACAAAUGUAAACAGUGUGAAUAAACAUUGAUACAAUACAAAAACUAGCAAUAUUGCGCAGACAAAAUGUCUACAAGAUCUGGGAAACGAAUACAUACAUCUUUACUUGAAGAAGCGGCCCCAACGGAGCCAGAACCUUCUGUGAAGAGUGAAAGGAAGACUCGAAGCAAGCGAGUGAAAGAAAAUUUGGACGACCUGAGCAUUUCAUUAUUUAAAAACAAAAAACGUAACAAUUACGUGAGUUACCCGACUGACGACGAAGUACUCAGUGACGCAGCUAGCAAAAAGGAGAUCGAUGCCAAAACGAGCCGAGUCUUACGUAAAAACGCUCUCAAAGAACAAAAUCCUGUUGAAACUGGUGAUCUUUUACCGCCAUCGAUAGAAGUGCAAAAUCUAACUAGAAAGUCACGACGCGGGAAAAAGGCAGAUGAUACAAAGGACACUGAGAACCACGAAAAUGUACCAGCUGAGGUUACAGACAUACCUAAAUCUAAAAAAGGCAAGAAAAAGAAGAAGGUUGAAGAAGAUCCAUCUCCUGCUGAGGAAGUGCCUGCUAAAAAGUCUAAAAAGAAGAAGAAAAAAGGAAAGAAGACAAGUUCCAUCAUCAUUGAAGAUAUCAUACCAAAUGAUACUUCUAAAAAUGGUACAUUGAACCGGAGCACUAUGUCUGUUGACUCAUUCCACAGUGCUGCGGGCAGCCCAUACAAAAAUAACGAAAAAGUCAACAAGUCUCCUUUCAAGCAUAACAAAAAACUAAGUAACCAAGACAAAAAUGAUGCAUCAGAAAAUGUUGCACCUGAUGAAGUUAACAAGAAUAAUACUUUUGACAAAGAUACUAUUAAGAGAAAGUCGUUGUCUAAGGACACCACUGUAGGGGACUGUUUUGUUUCAGUGGCAAGAGAUAAUCUUAAUGACCAAUUGAGUAUCUCUAACUUAUCCAAUGGACCACUAAAUAGAAGGAAAUCUAGCAAGACAGAUGUAACUUUUGAAAAAAUUAAUACAACAGUAAAUGGUGAUGAUGUUGGGAAAGAUGAAGAAAGUAAUUUAAAUACUUCAAAGAGACAAUUAAGAAGGAGACAGUCUAUUGUUAAUGAAGUACAAGAAACGGUACAACCAGAGGAUACAAAUAAAACAAUAAAUAAUGAUACUUUUGACAAAAGAAGAAAUUCAGUUGCAAAAGAUGUUACUUUUAAUAAAAGUAAUGCAUCAAUUACUAAAGACACAGUUGAUAAAGAUGUUGAUUUAAAUGCAUCAAAUAUUUCCAGUAAACAUCUUAAAACAAGAAGAUCAAUAUUGAAAGAUAGUACAUUUGAUAAAAGUAACACAUCUAUGACAAGAAAAGAUUCCCAAAUGGCAGACAUUGAUUUAAAUGUUUCUAAGAAAAAUUCUAAAGCAAGCAAAACUAUUUUAAAAGAUUCAACAUUUGACAAAAGCAAUACUUCAAUUACAAAUGGCAAUGUUCUAGAUAAAGUUACUGAUACUGAUUUAAAUGUUUCUAACAUUUCCAGUAAACAGCUACAAAGAAGGAAGUCAGUAAUAAAAGAUACAACAUUUGAUAAACAAGACACAGUACUCAACACAACAUUUGAAAAAGAUAACGAGAAUGAAAAGAAAAAAGAUUCAACAUUUGAUAAGAGUAGCAAACAUUUGGAUGUCACAUUUGACAAAGAUUUGGCAAGUUCAUCUAUGGCUAAAGGAACGAAUAAGACCAGUGUAAAUACUACAUAUGAUAAAACUGACAAAUCUGAUGCUACAUUUGAAAAAGACACCUCUGCCUCUUUUGAUGUUUUCAAAAAAGGUGCGAUGACCAGAAAGUCAAGCAUACGGGAUGCAACUUAUGACAAAAGUAACUUAUCCAUAGCCAGUCUGACCAAGGAAGACUUCGAAAAGGAUAGGAAUAUCAUAUCCAGUUCUGCUACAAAGAGGAGAUCUAUAAGACGCAGCACAUUUGACAAAAAUGAUACUAUUUCAGAAGAUCUUGUCAACCGAACGUUUGAGAAACCAACUGACACUGAAAAUGAAUUGAAAAGGAAGUCACCAAGAAUGUCUAAGUCUGAAGAUAUCCAGACUAUUCUAAACACUACUUUUGAGAAAAUUGAUGUGGAGGAAAAUGUCAAUCUUAAAAGUAAUUCUAAAUCAUCGCUAAUAAGUUCUGAUAACAGUAGUGUCAGUGAGAAGUCUGACAUCUCCCGCAUCAGCAUCACAAGUGAUGAAAGUUCUGAACACAUUCAGAACAUAGUCAACACCACUCCACUACUCAUCGAGAGCAGUUUGGAUGAAUCUCACGUCUCAGUUAGCAAACCAGAGACUCCAAAACCACAGACACCUUUGAAGAGAGAAGGGACCUUCACCAAAGAGAGCGCGGAGACACAACAUGAGGCUGAGGUCCUGACUCCAAGUAAACGUAAAUCAUCAGUCCCCACUGCUGGUUGUACUCCAUACCAUAUUACCAAGAGUUCCCAAAAGAAGUCCAUGAUGAACGUGACUCGGUCUAUAGAGAAGCAUCCUGAAGGGGUAGACCCAGCUCCGAGGAUGACCAGGGUAAUGUUCUGCAGUCCAGUGGAUAACCCGGUUGCUGUGGCACAGGAGAAGAGGAAGAUUAUCAAGUCUAAUCUGAAGGGCUCUAACAAAAGCUUCGUCUUCGAAGACAGUGCGUCAAUCUCUCGUCCGGGGCGCAAGCGCUCGUACACACACAGCGACGUAGAGGACGCGCGGGUCAAGCGCUCGCGCCUCACUGAAGACCUGCAGCAGUCGGUAGAUCGGCUGUCCAGGCCCAGGACUGCUAGUGCCACAGGCAAACUAGCAGUAUUGACUCCAAAGAAAGCUACCACACCAUCAAAGCCGAAGUCAGAGAGCAAAGUCUCCCGCACCAAGUUGCCGAACUUCGCAGCCCUGCAUCAGAAGCAGUUCGCUCAGAUGGAGUCGCUGGACGAGUGCCAGGAGCGCCGCGCCAAGAGGGCCAAACAGCUGCUCACGCCUACUGCGCCUCCUGGUCUGCUGGACAGGAUCAGCCCGAAGAAUAACACAGAUUCACCAAAAACCAAGGAGCCGGCCACCAAUCAAAAGCCCAAGGACAAAACCGAUACUCCCACCAAGAAACCUCCCACUCUGGACUCCUUACGGCCAGGGUUCACUCGAUUCGGCUUCAAACUCAACCUGGACGUCAACCCUUUCAGCAUACCCAGCAAGAAUGAGAAAACCAAGGAGAAGCCAGUCGAGAAACCCAAUGGGGUGCUUCCUCGGCCAGCAGUAUUACCAUCUCUGGCUGGAGCCACCUCAGUCAGACGGGAGGUCGCGAAAUCCACCGUGAUGAGGGAGAAAUCAUUCACUGAAAGACGAAACGUAAAACGGAACGAAAAUAGAACUGUCAUUAAAGGCGUCAGGACUAAUAGGAGGUUUGAACUGCAGAUGAAGUUGCGUAAUUUAGACCAGGUUUAGAAUAAGUCCCUUUGGGAUAGGUCGGUGAGUUGAAUUUUACCUUGUUAGAAGGGAAGAAAAUAUGUUAAGUUAGCUUGUAGAUCUGGAGCUCGUGGUACUAGAUAUUCGUCAUUUUAUAAAGGCAUUUUUUUUUAUUGGCCUGCAUCCUACAGUGGCUGAGUUUCAGCCCUUAUAAAUUUACGAAGGUCUAGCAACCAGGGGUCUCGGUACCUUAGAUAUAAUGUGACAAAAUUGCUUUUUCACUCAUGUAAAAAUCUGGACAUUUUUGCAUGUAAUUUAAUUAAUUUGUAGUAUAGUUUUCAGAGUCUGGACUCUGAACAUAAACUGACUGUAAAAGUUUCGAAUUGAAUUUUUGUUUUUUAUAAAAUAUUCUGUCUUGAUACACAGCGUAGUUUUAGAGACGGUGCCAUAUUUACUCAGAUAUUUUACUAUGUGCUACAAUAGCAUGGCCACAGUUUAAAUAUAUUAUCUUGUAAACAGAAGCUCGAUGCAUACUCAGUGCCGACAGCGCCGAUAAAAGCUCAUUGAUGCACAUUAUGCGUGUGUGAGAGAUAUUUUUACGAACGCUAUUAGGUAGCUUCACAACAGUUUACAAGAGAAUAUAUCUAAACCUUAGCAUAGCCCUUUGUCCUUGCUGGGGCCGCAGAGUGUCGCAGUCAAUACCCGCACAAUGUUAUUACGAUAUACGUGCUCUGUGUGACUCAUUUUGUAAAGCCUAGGCAUUCUACGCCUCCGCAGUUGCCAUGGCAACCGGUAUUAAGCCUGUACUAGACACGGCUUUUGAAUGUUCACUUA